AUGGUGAAAAAGUCUUCCCACAAGACGCAUGUCCGUCCGACGCCUUUACAACAAGUCUGGCACCGCGUCCAGGAGGAGAAUGCCCGGGCUCUGACGAUGAAGGAGGACCGUGCGAUGGCGAGGAUCAGCACGUGGAGUUUGGGCGGGUCCAGUGAGUACGAUUUGGACGAGCGCAUGAUGAGGCUCGCCUAUGGGAUGGAGAUGGCGAGUCGGGCCGGGCAAGUGACGGAUGAUGAAAGAGGAUACCCGGGGCCUUGCACGUCUCGAUGGAGCCACGACGCGAUCACCAGCAACGGCCAAGUGGGGGUGCAGCCCGACUCCGACUCCCCAGUGUCCCCACUCGUGCACACCGAACAAUCACGCUCGUCUGGGGCCGCCCAAACUGUCAAAGCAGGCACGAUCGUCAUCGACACCACGACCGACGAUGACCAAGACGAACGCAGAGCCGUCGGCGUCCAGAAACCGGCCUCCAGGAAGGGCAAGGGGAACGCGACAGCCAAGGACCCGCUCAAGUGCUCAUCCGAGAAUUGUUCGACCGAUCCCAAGUGCUUGAAAUGGUUGGGUCAACAAGAGUGGGAGAAUACAGGUCAGCCAUCAUUCCCCCCCGAGCGUGUGGAGAGCGGUUUCGCGUUCCCUGACCUUCGUUAUGAGCUCAUAGAGAAAGCGCUGGAAACAUUUGCUUCGUCAAGAGGGGUCGGCGAAGAUCCGGGCCUGAAUCUGCGCGAACCGGGCGUACCGGUCGGACUCAAGGUGGGCAGCCCACUCGCUUCAGACGGCUGGAAUAUACUAAGCAGAGCGACAUGCAAUGCCCCACAGAACCUUGGCGCAACCUGCUACGCCAACAGUUUUCUCCAGGUGCGCAUUCGAACCCCCGCGGUGGGCUUUCGGACCUCGGACUGACCAUCCGUUUCUUCUGUACCAUCACAGGUCUGGUUCCGCGAUCCCGUCUUCCGCAACGGUAUCCACGCCUGCAAACCCGUCUCGCCGACCUCUCCAACACCCAUCACCCACUCCCCGCUCUACCACCUCCAAGUGCUCUUCACAUUUCUCCAAACCUCCGUCCAGGCCGUCUACGACCCCACACCUUUGAUCCGGUCCCUCAAAUUGGAUACGGGCGAACAGCAGGAUGCGACCGAGUUUCAGAAGCUGUUUAUGAGCUUGUUGGAUCAUGAGGUGAGGAAGGCGGGGAAGGCUAAGGGCGGGUCUGAAGGGGAGGAGGUGGGGGGGUUGAUCGCUAGCAGGGUAAGUGCGAGCGAUGGGCGCUGAAUCGAUCGUCUGACUGAAGCAUGGGAUGAGGCUGACUACUGGUGGCUAUGAGUGUGCAGUUCGAGGGGAAGAUCUUCUACGGCACCCGAUGCACGGGCUGCAACAACACGUCCGAACGGAGCUCGACCUUCAACGAACUCGAAGUGACGCUCAAGGUAAGCAGUUGCCAGAACCGUCCCAUGCGACAUUGAACUUCUCCUAUGGAAGGAUGUUGACUUUGGGAAGUUUUUGACGUUCAACAGGCGAAUUGUGAGCUCGAGGCUAGGAUCGCGGAAAGUCUGGGUGAUGAGAGGAUGGAAAAGGAGAAUCAGUAAGUGAGUAUUCUCUCCAUCAGUCUGGCCAGCGCGAUUGAUGAAGUGUGCCCUUUUGCAGGUACUACUGCGACAAUUGUCAGAAGAAAUGCGAUGCGAUUCGUUAUACCCGACUGCAUUCACUACCACCUGUCAGUCAAACUAGCCCGAUCGAACGCAGCAGAAGAAUUUAUCACGCCUCCCCCUGGAACACAGGUCCUUCAUUUCUCCCUCCUGCGCUUCGUCUACUCCCUCAAACAAGGCCAGCGCAAAAAAUCGCAGCACUCCAUCUCGUACCCCCCAUCGAUCGACAUGAGUCAAUUCGUUGAAGCGAGUCAGAGGGAGGAGGAAAUGUGGUACGAUUUGAAGGGUGUUUUGUUGCAUAAGGGCGUCAGCGCGCAUCAUGGACAUUAUGUCGCGCAGGUGUUUGAUGAUAGGUACGGGUUUCUUUUUCUUUUUCUUUUGGCUUAGGUGUCUUUAGAGGGGGGUAGCCUUCGAAGCCCGAGCUGACCUGAUGCGAGCUUUAUUUCGACAGUUCGAAUCAGUGGUAUCUCUUCGACGACGAAGUCGUCACCCCCAUCGAGGACCUCGACACCUCUCGGGUAUACAAGGACGAAGAGGAAGAUGGAGAAGAAGGAGACGAUGAGGACGUCGAUGAGAUUGUUGUAUCCUCGGAUGAUGAGUACCAGGAGGGCGGCUCGAAAGGAAGGAGGAAGCCCAAGUCGAAGGUGCAAGGGAGGGGGAAAGCGAAGGUCAAGGGGAAGGGGAAGGUGCAGGUUCAGAAUGGGGGUGGGAAGACGGAUGGGACUAGGUGAGUUGCGGGGGAAGGUAGAAGCUUCGAUGUGCGAGGUUGACUGACGUUCUGGGGAUGUUGUGUCGGGUCCCGCAGCAGACGUCCUAAAUCGAAAGAUGCUUGUAAGUGGCAACUUUUCGUCCCGCUUCCCGCUUGUCGAGGCGCUGUAUUGACACCAUCACGAUCGUCUGAACGGACAGACAUGCUCGUUUACAAGCGUCGAAGCGAAUCUGCCCCUAGAGGCCAAUACAAAGUCAUCGGCACGUCCGAAAUGGCUCCCGUCCCCAUCACCGUCGACCCGAUCCCUCCUUUACUCGCCUUGGCCGAAGUUCAACGCCUUGAUGAUGCCCAUGGGAAGAUGGUGGACGAGUAUCAUGCGAGGUGAGUUGGAAAGAUGUGGGGCUGGGAGAAGCAUUGAUGUCUGAACCCUACCCUUGUGUUAUUGCUCUCACCAGGGUCGCCUCGGUCAAAAAAGACUUUGAUCGCCUACGCGAGGCGAAAAGAUCCGUCUAUCGCGUUUGGCAAGUCGAGGAGACGAGAGAGGUGGAUGAACCGAGUUAUGCGGUUGAUAAGCGCGAGUUGGUGAGAUGGCUUGGGCAGGGGCUCAAGAAGACGUCGAGGAAGCAGGAUUCGAAAGGGGCUGGCGGAGAUGAGAGGGAUGGUGGAACGGAGGAGGUGGAGGAGGAGCUGAAGAAGGAGAUUGCGAAUGGUGUCGACGGAGGGAAUGAGCCUCACUCGUCGAUCACGGAAGUUCAGAGCUCGAGCGAAGGAGGACAAGCCAUGGAGGAUGUGGAAGCAGGACCCGUGGAAGGUGUCGCGGACGUGAAGGUGGAUUCGAGCUCGAACAAGCUGUCUUCGACGGCUAUCAUGUGCGAGCAUGGCAAGAUUGAUCCUCACAAGGCGGAUCUCAUGAAGCGCGUUUCCAAGGUACGCCUCACUCUUGAUUGCGAUCCUUCCUUGGAUCGUCGCUGAUUCUGUUCGCAUAACUUAACUCACAGGCCGGAAUCGAAGCCCUCUCCUCCCUUGGCGUCACCCUCGACCCCGAACUUCAGAUCCCGCGUGAUUUUUGCCGCGAUUGCGUUUGGUCCCAUGUUGUCGAGGAGCUCUACGUGCUCGAGCAUUCUGAACAUACGCAGGCGAUGAAUGGGGCUGACACGGGUCGUGACGUGGCGAUUUCUAAACCUUGGUUCAAAGGUGAGCUUGAACAACACAAGCAAAACCCGUGGAUCUAGAUCGUUAGCUGAUGAUGGACGGAGUUCGCAUAAGAUUGGUUACGUACCCCCAAACCCAAGAUGCACGUCCCCGGAUCAGCGACGGACCCUUCACCCCAGAGCGAACCUUAUCUCUCCGACGUGAAGUGCGAACACGGACUCACGCGCCACGAUCCCAAACGCGUCGAGCAACUGUCCUUCGAGGUGCGUGUUUCCCAUCCUCAAGUAACCCUUAUUCAGUGAGAGAAAGAACUGAUGGCUACUCUGAAGAACUUGAACUAGGAGUCCGCGAUCUUGCAAUCCCUUUUUCCCGAUUGGGAACCGAUGCGCUUGGAGCAGUCCCAGGCGUGUCCUCAAUGCGCUAAAGCAGAGGCCAAGGAGUCCAAGGAGAAUGAUCGCAUGGUCGCGUUGGCUAAGAAGGAGAAGGUGAGUUUUGGGCCAGAAGAGUGAGGUACUCUCGGGACAUUGGCGGAAAUUUGACUUGGUUCUGUCGAUAGGGCGUGCUCAAGAGCUUCACGAAUGAUACGCGGUUGGGCGGGACGCAGAUCUUGUUGACCGGUACAGGGGAACAUCUCCUCGUCCCUUAUGGUGAGUUUGAGAUUCGAAAAUGAGAGAAUGGAUCUAGACUCAUCACAUCCUCUUUCGUGCCCCCAGCCUUCAAGAGACAAUGGUUCGAGUGGAACCAUUCGGUCUCGCACCGCUCCGUCACGAGCGAACGACCGGGUGAAUUGGACAACUCCCAACUUCUUUGUGAACACCAACGCCUGCUCGCAGAUCUGGAAGCCGAGAACAAAAAACUUCGUACGAUUCACCCAGUGACGAGUCAAGAAUGGAAACUGCUGCAGGAGAAGUAAGUGAUCGGACACGCUGCGUUUUGGACGGACCGUGGGCCAGACUGACGUUUUCCAACUGCGCUGGUUCGUGAAAGUUAUAACGCUGGUCCGCAGAUCAAGGUGUGGCAGGAUUAUCAGACGUUGCAGUUCUUGAGCUCGCCUGCUUCGUGUGAAGAAUGCCUUCAACGACAGUGAGUGCACGCGACACGGGAAGUGCGACACCACUGCGGCUUUUCUUGGGCUGAUGCUGUGUCCCUGGCUUGAGCUCUACAGGCGCGAGAAUUUUGCGACGACGACGAUCAAGGUCGUCACGAUUGGUGAAGACAAGUUCGACAAGGACGGAAACUACAGAAAAGGUGCCUUUCCGAGCGCGCCCAGGAUACGGUGCAUGAGAUCUGAACUCAGAGCUGACCCGUUCUUUUGUCGUCCGGGUGCACAGCUCGCGUCGACAGUUCCGAUAGCGACGAAAUAACGGUCCUUUCCUCGCCGCCCCCUGCUACGAAUGGAAAGCGCAUGCCUCUGAAGGCGCAGAAGACAUACGGUCAGAAACCGGUCGUCGUUCGUUUUCCUGCGGUCGGUGCGACGCGUACUUCGGCCCGCGUAAGGAACCAAGGAAUGCUGUACGAGAACCGAUCGGCGACGUUCAUUGAGGUGAACAAGACGGACACCGUCAAGGCACUCAAAAUUUCGGUAAGUCCUUCUCCGUCUCUGUUCAUUGCUUGUUGGGAAGCAAGAGUUCCUGAACCUUUCCCGGCAAAAACGCUGUAUACAGAUCGACCACAAGCUGUCGAUUCCUACCAUCUGCCAGCGGCUCUUCUUCAAAGGUGAAGAGCUGGACGAUUCGUCGGCCACGGUCGAGAAAUUGGGUAUGUUGCCCGAUAUGGUGCUCGAGUUGUUCGAAGUCAAGGAAGGCGCGUUGGGGUUGUCCAAGUUGGAGGAUGUGGGGGAUGAGAUUCGGUCCAAGGGGAAGGCGAGGAGGGAGGAAGGGUUUGGAGGGACGGGGUUGUCCGGGUGGGAACAUGCCGGUGGCGCAGAGAAGAUGGUCGUGGAUGAAGCGAGUGUUGUGGAGGAGGUACCUACGGGUAUCGAGGCGUCGAGGAAGCGAAAGGCCGAGGACGCGGUCGCCUCAUCAUCAUCCGCCUCGCCGGCCGCGGAGGUAGCGGUACCGAUCGCCUCGCGGAAGAAGGGCCGCCAAGUUAUCAUCGAAACCGUCGAAGAGGAGGAGGAAAAGGCCGAGACAAUGCUCAUGUCCGAAGAGGGGGUGACCUGUCCUCAGUGCACGUUUCAUAAUGCGUCGGGUAUGACCCAGUGCGAGAUGUGCGAUUUGCCUUUCAAGUAG